UCCAGCAGACAUCCAGUGGACAACAAUAACUCAUCACCAGCUGACCAGGGCUCUCUGCUCUCUGGGAGGAAACUGCACAUCCUUCCUGUCUGAUCAUCAUCACAGCAGGAUGUCGAAGCUUCUCCACCUUCAUGGCCACGUCCCAACACACCACACUCACCUGAAGCCUCACUUGUUCCCCACGGUUGACGUUCCUGACCACACCCGCUACAUCAUCGGCUCUGUCAUCCUGUUGGUAGGGGUGAUGGACAUGCUGGGAAACGGUCUGGUCAUCUAUGUGUUCUGUCGCCGUCCGACACUUCGUUCGCCCAGCAACCUGCUGGUGGUCAACCUGGCGUCAGCAGACUUCCUGAUGUCUCUGACGCAGUCUCCCGUCUUCUUUGUGUCCAGCCUACAUCACCACUGGGUGUUUGGGGAGCUCGCCUGUGAGCUGUACGCUUUCUGUGGCGCGUUGUUUGGCAUCACCUCCAUGAUUACACUGACAGCCAUCGCGGAGGAUCGCUGCCUGGCCAUCACGCGGCCACUGGCUCUUCCGGGGCGGGUGAGUCGUGAGCGUGUGUGGGCGGUGCCGGUGGGGGUGUGGUUGUACUCUCUAGGGUGGAGUCUGCCACCGUUCUUCGGGUGGAGCUCCUACAUCCCUGAAGGCCUGCAAACGUCCUGCAGCUGGGACUACAUGAGCUUCACCACCGCUGUGCGCACCUACACCAUUCUUCUGUUCGCCUUCGUCUUCUUUGUCCCGCUCUGUCUCAUCGCCGGCUGCUACUUCGCCAUCUUCCAGGCGGUGCGGGAGGCAGCUCAGGAGGUGGAGCAGCUGAACUGUGGUGAGACCAACAAGGCGUACGAGCGUCUGCUCAGUGACUGGCGGUUGGCUAAAGUUGCUCUGGGAGUGAUCCUGCUGUUCUCCUGGUCACCAUACUCUGCUGUAGCUCUGACUGCCACAGCGGGCUACGCCCACCUACUGACGCCCUACAUGAACUCAGUUCCUGCUGUCAUAGCAAAGGCCUCCGCCAUUCACAACCCCAUCAUCUACGCCAUCACACACCCAAAGUACCGUGCCGCCAUCGGCUGCCACGUCCCACUGUUGCGCCCUCUGCUGCGGCUGCAUGAAAAGGACCUGCGCUCAUCUUUCAGCUCCAGCAGCACUUCAUCUCGCCGAGCCACGCUCACCGGUCAGAGCCCACCAGGAGUCCAGCUCAGCGCCGGCGUCUGGGCCAACAGCCGAUGGAGGAAGACCCGACUGUCCUCGGUGUCUGACAGCGAGUCUUGCUGGACAGAGAGCGAAGCUGAUGGAUCCAGUGCCGGGUCAGCGGCCGUCACCAGACAGGUGUCCACUGACGUCACUGCAGACAACACUGCCGCCCCCAACACCAACCCUGACACCGCCAUGAGCAUCUCUGACACCACCAUCGCCACCACUGUCCUUAGCCAGCAGAGACGACAGACAGGAGCUGACUCACCUGAUGGGGGCGCUGCAGCCGAGUAAACCAACAAAAACACAACUUAAACAGGAGCACUGCGACAGUUUAGAAUCUGACUGAGGUCAUUGUUAGACACACUAAGUCUGAGAAG